GAAACCAAUCAGAUAGAGAGCCCCCUCGGCUCGGGCUGCCUGCAUGCCGGAGUUAAAAAGUGCUGCUGGCCGAGCGGGAGCCCUAGUGCGAGGCGGGGAGGCUGAGCGGCGGGAGAAGGGGCCGGGGAGCUGCGCUGCCGCGCCGCCGACCCGGGCGAGGCUCGGCCGCGUCGUCCCUGCGUGCCGAGAUCCUUUGAGACUGCAAAGACUAUUUAAAGAAGGAAGACGGCAUGUGAUUGGAUUUAGUGCUGUAAAGUAGGUUAAUUUGAGGACAAGACAAAAAAUCAUUAUUUAGACCAUCUUGUGUUGCCGUGAUGAGAACUUACCAUUGCUUCUGGCUGUUGUUUUGGGCUGGUCAGCCCCACCAAAGUUUCUUAACUCCAUUAUCCAAAAGGACUAGUGGCUUUCCAGAAAAGGAGAAGGUUUUGGUGUUGUCUGGAAACAGCAGGCAAGAUCUCCAUCGUUCCAAAAGGAGCUGGAUGUGGAAUCAGUUCUUUUUGUUGGAGGAAUACACAGGAACUGACUACCAAUAUGUUGGCAAGCUGCAUUCAGACCAGGAUAAAGGAGACGGAUCACUUAAAUACAUCCUUUCUGGAGAUGGAGCAGGAGACCUCUUCAUUAUCAAUGAAAACACUGGUGACAUCCAGGCCACAAAAAGACUAGACAGGGAAGAGAAGCCUGUGUACAUACUCCGUGCCCAGGCUAUAAACAGAAGGACUGGAAGACCAGUGGAACCAGAGUCUGAGUUCAUCAUUAAGAUCCAUGAUAUCAAUGACAAUGAACCAAUGUUUACAAAGGAUGUUUACAAUGCCAGCAUUCCCGAAAUGUCAGAUGUUGGUACCUUUGUUGUGCAAGUCACUGCGACUGAUGCUGAUGACCCUACAUAUGGGAACAGUGCUAAAGUUGUCUACAGCAUUCUCCAGGGACAACCAUAUUUCUCCGUCGAAUCUGAGACAGGCAUUAUUAAAACUGCUUUACUGAACAUGGACCGUGAAAAUAGGGAGCAAUACCAAGUGGUCAUCCAGGCUAAAGACAUGGGAGGCCAGAUGGGUGGAUUAUCAGGAACCACCACCGUGAACAUCACGUUGACUGACGUAAACGACAAUCCACCUCGCUUCCCCCAGAGCACAUACCAGUUCAGAGCUCCUGAGUCUACGCCACUCGACUCCCCGGUUGGCAGGAUAAAAGCCAAUGAUGCUGACGUGGAUGAAAACGCAGAGAUUGAGUACAGCAUCACUGAGGGGGACGGAUAUGACAUGUUUGGAAUUACCACAGACAAGGACACACAGGAAGGAAUUAUAACUGUGAAAAAGGCACUGGAUUUCGAAAGCAAAAACUUGUAUAUUCUCAAAGUGGAAGCUACCAAUACUCAUGUGGACCCUCGAUUCCUGUACUUGGGGCCAUUCAAGGACUCAGCUACAGUCAGAAUUCAGGUGGAGGAUGUAGAUGAACCCCCCAUGUUCAGCAGACCAGCAUACAUAAUGGAAGUGAAAGAAGAUGUUCCAUUAAACAGUGUAAUAGGAACAGUAACUGCUCAGGAUCCAGAUGCUGCCAAGAACCCUGUCAAGUACUCUGUAGAUCGCCACACUGAUAUGGACAGAGUAUUCAACAUCAAUUCAGGAAAUGGUUCGAUAUUCACUUCAAAACCCCUUGACCGGGAAACACUGCUGUGGCACAACAUUACAGUAAUAGCAGCAGAGAUCAACAACCCAAAACAAAGCAGCCGUGUCCCAGUGUUCAUUAAGGUUUUGGAUGUAAAUGACAAUGCUCCAGAGUUUGCCAUGCUUUACGAGACCUUCGUCUGCGAAAACGCAAAGGCAGAACAGCUGAUACAAACAUUAAGUGCUGUUGAUAAAGAUGACCCUUACAAUGGACAUCAGUUUUCAUUCUCCUUAGCUCCCGAGGCAGCCAGCAGCUCAAACUUUACACUACAGGACAACAGAGACAACACAGCGGGGAUUUUCACUCGAAAAACCAGAUAUAACCGGCAUGAAACAAGUACCUACUUCUUGCCAGUGGUGAUAUCAGAUAAUGAUUACCCCAUCCAGAGCAGCACUGAAACAGUGACUAUUCGGGUGUGUGCUUGUGACCAUCGGGGAAAGAUGCUGUCCUGUAAUGCAGAAGCCUUGAUUCAUCCUACUGGUCUUAGCACUGGGGCUCUUAUUGCCAUUCUUCUCUGCAUCAUUAUAUUACUUGUUACCGUGGUGCUGUUUGCAGCGCUGAGACGGCAGCGGAAAAAAGAGCCUUUGAUAAUUUCCAAAGAAGACAUCAGAGACAACAUUGUCAGUUAUAACGAUGAAGGUGGUGGAGAGGAAGACACCCAGGCGUUUGAUAUUGGCACACUGAGGAAUCCCGAAGCCAUAGAUGAUAAUAAAUUACGCAGAGACAUUGUGCCGGAAACACUUUUCAUGCCGCGGCGGACUGCAACAGCACGAGAUAACACGGAUGUCAGAGAUUUUAUUAACCAAAGGUUAAAGGAAAAUGAUACAGAUCCAACAGCACCCCCGUAUGACUCAUUAGCAACCUACGCGUACGAAGGUAAUGGUUCUGUGGCCGAGUCCCUCAGCUCCUUGGAGUCGGUGACUACAGACGGAGAUCAGGACUACGAUUACCUCAGUGACUGGGGACCUCGGUUUAAAAAGCUGGCAGAUAUGUAUGGCUCAAUGGACAGUGACAAAGACUCUUAAUAUGUUGUCU